AUGCCUCUUCCACUUCCUCCCCAACAACACGUGCAAGUGUUGCGCGCCCUCCUUCACUGCACUCGGAGCAAAGAAAUUUGCAGUGGUCGAGCUUUGCACGCUCGUAUUCUCAGAAACGCUUCUUUCUCCUUCACUCACAUCGCCAACGCCCUCAUCAACCUCUACGCCAAGUGUGGUCACUUCGCAGAAGCCAACAUCGUAUUCGACAGCAUCAUCCACAAGGACGCCGUCUCAUGGAACUGUCUCAUCAAUGCAUUCUCCCAACAACAAGCCUACGCAUCUUCUUCUUACGUCAUGCGCCUCUUUCGCCGCAUGAUGGUCUGCACCACCGUUCCCAAUGCCCACACCUUCGCCGGCGUCUUCACCGCCGCCUCCAACCUCUCCGACGCCCUCGCCGGCCGUCAGGCCCACGCCCUCGCCGUCAAAACUGCCUGCUCCGAUGACGUCUUCGCCGCGAGUUCGCUUCUCAACAUGUACUGCAAAACGGGCCUCUUUGUGGAGGCGCGUGAGCUGUUUGAUGAAAUGCCUGAGAAGAAUGCGGUUUCUUGGGCUACCAUGAUUUCUGGGUAUGCUUCUAAGGAGUUUGCUUAUGAGGCUUUUGAGCUCUUUGAACUUUUGCGUCGUGAAAAAAAAGGUGAAAAUGAGAAUGAGUUUGUGUUCACUAGUGUUCUUAGUGCUUUGACGUGUCACGUGUUUGUGGACACUGGAAGGCAGGUUCAUUCUCUUGCGGUGAAAGACGGGUUGGUUUGCUUUGUCUCUGUGGGGAAUGCGCUUGUGACGAUGUAUGCCAAGUGUGGGAGCUUGGAGGAUGCGCUCAAGACUUUUGAGUUGUCGGGGAGUAAGAAUUCGAUCACGUGGUCGGCUAUGGUUACUGGUUUUGCUCAGAGUGGGGAUGCUGAUAAAGCUUUGAAGCUGUUUUAUGACAUGCAUCACUCUGGAGUUUUACCUAGUGAGUAUACUCUCGUUGGGGUUAUCAAUGCUUGUAGUGAUGUUUGUGCUAUUAUGGAAGGGAGACAAAUGCAUGGUUAUUCCUUGAAGCUGGGGUAUGAAUCCCAGUUGUAUGUUUUGUCGGCUUUGGUGGACAUGUAUGCGAAGUGUGGUAGCAUAGGGGAUGCUCGGAAGGGUUUUGAGUAUAUUCAACAACCUGAUGUUGUUCUUUGGACUUCAAUCAUAACGGGGUAUGUACAAAAUGGGGAUUAUGAAGGUGCUUUGAAUUUGUACGGUAAAAUGCAGAUGGGGCGAGUUAUCCCCAAUGAUUUAACUAUGGCGAGUGUUCUAAAGGCUUGUUCUAGCUUGGCAGCUCUAGAUCAGGGAAAGCAAAUGCAUGCUGGGAUUAUUAAGUAUGGUUUUAGCUUGGAAGUUCCGAUUGGAAGUGCUCUUUCUGCCAUGUAUGCAAAGUGUGGAAGUUUGGAUGACGGGCACCGCAUCUUUCGGAGGAUGCCUUCCAGAGAUGUAAUUUCAUGGAAUGCAAUGAUAUCUGGACUUUCUCAAAAUGGUCGUGGCAUUGAAGCCCUGGAGUUGUUUGAGGAGAUGUGCUCGGAGGGAACAAAGCCUGAUAACGUCACAUUUGUGAAUCUUCUUUCUGCUUGUAGUCAUAUGGGUUUGGUGGACAGAGGGUGGGUUUAUUUUAAGAUGAUGUUUGAUGAGUUUAACAUUGCUCCUACAGUAGAGCAUUAUGCUUGCAUGGUUGAUAUCUUGAGCCGUGCUGGACAACUCAAUAAAGCAAAAGAGUUCAUUGAAUCAGCAACGGUUGAUCAUAGUUUGUGUCUGUGGCGCAUAUUAUUAGGGGCCUGUAAGAACCAUCGUCACUAUGAUCUUGGUGCUUAUGCUGGUGAGAAACUAAUGGAGUUAGGUUCGCCAGAAUCGUCUGCAUAUGUGUUGUUAUCGAGUAUUUAUACAGCUUUAGGAAAAUGGGAAGAUGUGGAGCGUGUCAGGAGGAUGAUGAAGGCCCGAGGGGUGACUAAAGAACCUGGUUGUAGCUGGAUUGAAUUGAAAAGUUUGACCCAUGUAUUUGUUGUUGGAGACAAUAUGCACCCACAAAUUGAUGAAAUAAGGUUGGCGUUAAAAUUGUUAACCAAGUUGAUGAAAGAUGAAGGAUAUCAACCUCUUCUUGAUCCAUUGCUUCCUGAAAUUAUCAGUGAUGAUUUGAAAGAUCAAGAAGGCAGCGAUGAAGUACAACUCAGGCUGAGAGGAUUGUCAGUCAUACAGAAGCAUGGUAAUUUAGAAGCCAAUGAUUCAAAAUCUAGUCCACAGCCAAAAGUUUCAAGCUGCGACAGUUAUUCAUUAGUUCGUUGGUCAGGCUGUUUAUGGGGCAAAUACCAACACGAAUCACGAUCAGAAACCAGAGGAAAGAGUUUUAUGCACAAUCCUCAACGGUCCAAAGCAGUAGCUCGAGGAUGGGAUUCUUCAGCAGUGGCAUCACCCUCCAUCCUUCUCAUUCAUUGUGCCAUUUUUUUCGCUUUCUCCAAAGUGGAUGUGGAUUGUGGAGUUCAGUUAAAUAUCAUGCUUUUUCGCUCAGAUACAACGCCAACAACUUCAUCCCUGCCUCCACCACCUCCAGUAGCUGCAGAUGAGCCAGAGCCCAAGAAGUUGAAGAUGUCCACUACAACUUCUGAUGAUGAAGAAUGCACACCUGCCCCAGGCACCAAGAAAAGAUACAAACGCCGUAAGGUUGCUAUUUUCUUUGCUUACUGUGGUGUUGGCUAUCAGGGUAUGCAGAAAAACCCUGGCGCAAAGACCAUUGAAGGUGACCUAGAAGAAGCCUUAUAUGUGUCUGGAGCUGUCCCUGAACAUGAUCGUGGAAUGUCUAAACGAUAUGACUGGGCUCGAUCGGCUAGAACAGAUAAAGGUGUUAGUGCUGUUGGUCAGGUUGUCUCGGGUAGAUUCUAUAUUGAUCCACCUGGCCUUGUUGACCGCCUUAAUUUGAACCUUCCUUCUCAAAUAAGGAUCUUCGGUUACAAACGUGUGACAGGUUCUUUUAAUGCCAAAAAGUUCUGUGAUCGGAGGAGGUAUGUCUAUCUCAUUCCUGUGUUUGCUCUUGAUCCAAGUUGUCAUCGUGAUAGAGAGACUGUCAUGGCUAGUUUGGGAUCUGAAAAUGAGCUUGUUAAAUGUUCUGAGUGUUCUGAGAGAGGCCGAAAGGUGGUAGGAUUAGUUGGUAACCCUAAGCACAAUCUGCAACUUGGAACUAAGGAUGUUGAAACUGGUACUUCGUCCAACAGAGAUGUUGUGCUUGACUCUGUAGUUACAGAGGAUGUGAAGAUUUCUUUGAGCAAAGGUGAUGCUAAUCAUUUAAAUGGGGAGUCUGGGAGUGAUAAUCAGGGUACGGUUUCUGUGGAUGGCACAAACCCUAAAACUGGUAUUGAGACGGUGAUUCCUGUUCAGGAUGAGGAUAUGCCUUUCAAUGGCGAAUCUGUGAAUAAUUCAGACAUUAUUGAGGAAGAAAAGAUUAUUGGAGAGGAUAAGUCUACUAAUGGAAGCGGGUUCUGUUAUGGUGAGAAGGAGAGGGAGAGAUUUAAUAUGAUUUUGAACUAUUUUGUAGGGACUCAUAAUUUCCAUAACUUUACCACCAGAACAAAAGCUGAGGACCCUGCUGCUCGGCGUUUCAUUAUUUCAUUCAAUGCAAACACCACUGUUGUAGUUGAGGGCAUGGAAUUUGUAAAGUGUGAGGUUGUGGGACAGAGCUUCAUACUUCAUCAGAUACGGAAGAUGAUGGGGCUCGCAGUGGCAAUCAUGAGAAAUUGUGCACCGGAAUCACUUAUCAAUAAAGCUUUGCAGCAGGAUGUCAACAUUAAUGUGCCUACUGCUCCGGAGGUUGGAUUAUAUUUGGACGAGUGCUUCUUUGCUUCGUAUAACCAGAAGUGGAAAGAUAGCCAUGAAGAGUUGUCAAUGAAAGCGUAUGAGAAAGAAGCCGAGGAGUUCAAAAUGAAGUACAUAUAUUCUCAUAUUUCUUCCACGGAGCAGAAGGAAGGAACUGUUGGUCUUUGGUUACAUUCUUUGAACCAUAGAAAUUAUCCAGAUCUGCAAGUUGUCAACGAGGAAGCCAUCACUGAUAACAAUAGUGCUGAUCCUGAAGAAGCCAGUGCUGAUCACAACAGUGCUGAUCUUGAAGAAGCCAUUACUAAUCACAAGACUGCUGAUCGUGAAGAAGCCAUUGCUGAUCACAAGAGUGCUAAUCCUGAAGAAGCCAUCACUGAUCACAAGAGUGCUAAUUCUGAAGAAGCCAUCACUGAUACACAAGAGUGCUGA